GGCGAUGACGCAGUCUGUGCGCCGGAAGUAGGAUACUGCUUGGUAACCGGCGAACGAGAUCGAAUGAGUGAUUAAAAUCGAAGCAUGUUUAUGGAAAUUAAUUUAUUUGUUUGAAACAAUGGCUUCCGGGGUUUGGACUUAUAAGAACUGUGUUGAAAUCUGACGUCAGAGACGUGAGAUGACAGCGCCCUUUCGCUGCAUGUGUUAUUGUUGUUAAGUCCAGUUCAGGACAGGUCUCUGGGUCACCACCAUCAGCAACCGGGCCAGCGGCAAUGACAGUCGAGAGAAAGACGCAAGAUUCCCAGUGACAGAGGAUGUCAGACAGUGAUGUCGCCCCUGGUGGGGAGGCAGAGUGUGGAACUGAGGCGCAGCUGUACAUAGAGAGAGUGCGCAGUGAUGGGGCAAGAGAGAGACAGAGCCACCAGUUCACCCGGUAUGGCACUGAGCCCCUGCCCCUGGGAGAAUACAGACUCCCCUCUCCAGUUGCCGUGGAGACUAGCCCUUCUCCCUGCCCCUCCCCCGGUGAGGUCACGGGGCUGCUCUCAUUGCCUUGGGAAAUUCUGGCACGGAUCACCUCCUUCCUGCCUGCGCGCUGUGUCCUGACUGUACUGCCACAGGUGUGCCGUGCGCUGGCGGGGCUCAGCUCAGACCAGCUGGCCUGGAGGCUCCGCGCCCAGAGACUGACGGGCCCACGAGCCGCCUUCCCCGUCAUACCACACGAGGGUUUUGAUUGGCCAGUAGCCUGCUUGGAGAUGGAGGAGCUGCUCAGCCAUUGGUCUGGAGCAAGUGACGGACCCUUUCCUGCGACUGUCCAGCACUUCUCUUUGAAUUCUGUCCACUUUGCUUCAGUGGACGCAGUGCAGCUGCUUGGUGGAGAGGGGGCGCUGUGUGCGUCUGGGGGCAGAGACAGGAACGUCAAUCUGUGGGACCUGCGCCGGCUUGGCGAGGGGGACACGGGGGCUGCGCUGCUCUGCACCCUGGGGCAGCAGCGCAGUGGCACCCACAGGGGCUGGGUGUGGUGCCUGUCCACCCGGGGCACCCAGCUGUGCUCAGGCUCCUUCGACAGCACGGUGCGACUGUGGGACCUGGGUGCCUCAGGGGCCGCGAUGGGCGAGAUUCGGGGCCGCGCUGCCGUGCUCUGCCUGUCCUGCCAGCCUGACGUCCUGGUGGCUGGUUCCUACGACAAGAAGGUCACCAUCUAUGACCCCCGUGCGGCAAACCCCCAGGUGAAGAGUCUGCGUCUCCAUGGUAAUGCUGUGCUCUGCCUCGCUGCUGAUGACCAGUACAUCCUGUCCGGCAGCGAGGACCGGACUCUGGCUGUGUUUGACCGCCGAGCUGGGAGACUCCUGCAGAAAAUACAGCUGAACUCGUACCUGCUGUCUCUGUGCUACGGGGGCCGGGAGAUAUGGGGGGGGGACAAUCAGGGGCUCCUCCACACCUUCACCUUGCAGGGUGGCUCCUUCCUGCACGUCUCCCAGUUUGACGUGGGGCAUCGCUCUCUGGUCACAGGGGUGCACAACUCUCCAGGCGCCCUAUACACUUGCUCCUCUGACAACACUAUCAAGGUCCACAUACCCUGUGCUCCCCCCCGGACGCUCUGCACACUGCGGCACAGGGAUGUCUUCAAUGGGCUCAGUGUGGAGGGAGGGGUGCUGACUGCUGCUUCGGGGGACAUGUCCGUGGAGGUGUGGAGGAUCAAGACGUGAGGGAUCACGCAGAGGGAAUAAACAACCUGAGAAGAGCAUAUCAUUCCUUUAACACACUCACACUCGCACACUGACACACUCACACACUAACACUGACGUACUCGCACACAAGCUCAUUCACAAUGACUCAUUCUCACACAGACGCAUUCACCCACACUGACACACUCGCACUCAUACACAGACUUAUUUACACACAGAUGCAUUCACAGACACUGACUCACACACUGACACACUCGCACUCACACACACCCUCACACAGACUCAUGCGCACACUGGGUCACAUACACACGCACAAUGACCCAUACACACUUACACAUUAAGGUAACCCCGUCUCCCUACACACUCACAUACUCACAGUUAAACACGUCGACACUGCACAGUCCAGUUAUAGGCCAAGUGCCAGGGAAGGGCUGUUUAUUGAUGUUUUUUCCUUGUGAUCUAUUUAAUCUGAUGUGUCUAAAAUAUAUAAGCAGUAAAAUCCUUCAAUAUUCAUUCCAUGCAGCUGUUUGUAAAGAGUUUGAUCAUUGUCAGUCUUGCUGUAGUGUAGUGUUAAGGGGUUUUUGUGUUCAGUUACAGAGUAGCUCCGAUCACAUGUAGUUCCCUUAUCUGACCAAGAGGGGGCAUGGAACAAAGCCCAGACAUAUUGCCGCUGUCCAGGUUUUUUGUCUGUUACAGUUGGAAACACGAGACAAGCUCAGCUGAUCUUGUUUUGUGUUUUAUGUAUAUAUCAGUUUAUGUAAUAAAUACAUGCUUGUGUACA